AGAGCCCGCAAGACACACGCCAACAUGCGCCGAAGCGUCACCAUAUUUCUCGUCUUCACCGUCUUCCUCCUCGGCUUCGCCCUACACAAUGUUUGGACCCUCCUCAGCCUGCUAGUUGUCACUGGCCGUGAGGAUCAGAUCUCGCGCGCCGAGCUGCCUGCCCCGAAUUCCGACUCCAUCAGUGAAAAACCCCAGUUGAUUCCCAAGAUCAUACACCAGACCUAUAUCAACGAGAGUAUUCCUGCCCACUGGAAAGGCCCCCAGCAGACCUGUCUGGACCUGCAUCCCGACUACGAGUACAAGCUCUGGACCGACAAGAAAUCCCGCGAGUUCAUUGCCGCUGAGUAUCCUUGGUUUCUGGAAACAUUCGACGGCUAUCCGUACCCCAUCCAGCGUGCCGAUGCCAUACGCUACUUUGUGCUCCACCACUUUGGUGGUAUCUAUAUCGACCUGGACGAUGGAUGCAACCGCAGCCUCGACCCACUUCUAGCCUACCCAGCCUGGGUGCGUCGCACUAACCCAACCGGUAUCUCCAACGACGCCAUGGGCUCAGUUCCUCGCCACCCGUUCUUCCUCAAGGCUAUUGAUUCAUUGCCGGAAUAUAACCGCCGCUGGGUGCUACCCUACAUCACCGUCAUGGGCUCGACCGGUCCUCUUUUCCUCAGUUUGAUCUGGCGACACUACAACAACGCAGGGCCCCAGGACAUGGACCGCGUGCGCAUCCUAUUCCCGGACGAAUACAACAACCACACUUGGAGUUUCUUCACCCACCACCUUGGAAAUAGCUGGCACAACAACGAUGUCAAGUUCAUAUUCUGGUUGGAACGCCACUGGGUUCUCAUCACGAUCGUCGGCUUCGUCGUCGGCCUCACGUUACUAUGGUGUAUUUACUCCAACUUCAUCCUGCCAAGGCAAUCGAGUCCAGGGCCAAGGAUACGUUUCCCCUACGCCAGAAGGUUACCCUUUUACCGCCGUAUAAGCAGCAAGGAUAUCCCGCUGGAUGACAGGCAUGAGGUGUAA